AAGUUUUACGAUGACGACCAAGAGAACGCCAUGCAUCGCUACUUGGACUUCAGGAACUCAGAGGCAUCGGUAUGUGAACCCUUUAAAAACUGAACUUGUGUUCAUACGACGUGACGAAGUUCGCAGAUCUUUGCAAUGUUGAUGAAUUUCCUUCUUUUAAAAAUGCAAAAACAAGAAGUACUGAGGUGACUCUGCUUAAAAUCUCAGCAGACGAUAAGAUUUAAGCGCGUGGAGUAUAGGACUAUAUAUUAACUUUAUUUAUAUUGACUUACUUUGUUUGCCGGAAUUUAAACAGGGCCCUUAAAACUUGAAUUGUCUUAAUAGACAAAAGAUCCUUCGACCUAGUUCUGAAAAGAGCGCCUUAAAAAUUUUAUUUGAAUUUGCCAGGUCUCGAGAGUAAUGUUGUCGGAAAAGAGCAAACCUCUAGCUCCGCAAAUUCGCUCAGAUUCCCCCGCACGGCGGAAGUGCUGCAGGGCCGUAGCAAGCCUUUAGAUACCAGGUGGCACAAAGAUUUUAGAUAGCUCUUAGUUAUUUUAUUUGAAAAGCAGAGGGUUUUGGGUCCAGGGGAGCCAUUGGACUGGUCUCUCGAAGUAAUAAUGUUUCAGUGCUCUGGGAGAUGAAUUUUUAUUUUGAACUUUAAUGCACGCAUUUUUUGACUUUUUGGGGCAAAAAGAGACCUGCUGCAGCUACUUUUCUCCACAAUUUCGUGACUUUGCCGAACCAUAUCUUCAUUAUUGUUAACAAACCACUUUCAAAGUUAGCAACUUUGCUGAUUUUAAAGCUUUCUCCUAGUUCCAGCGGUUUCGAUGAAUUUUCACAAACUGGUACAUUUCAAAAGUUAAUAAAACCGCGUCUAUGUCUAUUGAUUACCCUGAUCUAUGCUAAAAAUAUUUCGUUGAAUCUGUUUUUCCUACAUUUUUGCAAGGCACUUUAUAAACGCUAAAGUACAUUAUGACGACAUAAAGUGAAUGAAAAAAUGAAACAGCCGCAUCUGACAAAAGAGACGGCGAAAGCUAGAAUCCGAUUCUCGGCCUUGUUUGAAAACUAAGACUUUGUACCAAAAAGUUCAAGAUUCAGAGAAUGAAAGAAACACAAAAACGAAACUUUGGGACCGGCUACAAACGCUGCGAAAUCGCCAUAAAAAACUUCGCUGAUACCGCUGAUCAAGCCCACCCGAGAAUCGAUUCAAAAACUUCCAGCUUCAUCGAAAACUUUUGCCAUGUGCCUGCUAUCAUUUUUGAUAAACAAAGAUGCUCAUGCGGACCACUCAGGAAACAGCUAUUAGCAAUACGACCUGAAGCAGAGCGCGAGCAGAAGAAAGCAUUUUAGUGGUUUAAAAUACACAGUUGCGAUCCCUUCAGUACGAAAAUAAGAGGAAAGAAGGCGGAAAAACCGUGAUAAUAAUUUUCUGUGGAAAAAGUGUCCGGCAAACUUUUUUAUGUAACAGAUCUACUGAGAUCUAGACCGAACGUGCACAGUUAAUAUACGUUAAGUGAAGAUCACGACAAAACACGCAAGUAAUAACCCUGUCACGUCUGUCACACACAGACGUUUUGCCGUCCUCAUUUUUCUGCCGUCCUGUUGUGAAAGCUCACUAUUACAUCCUGCACUGUUGUAACUCCUCUCCCCUAGCCCCUUAGGAAGGCCUGAUACUCAGGCUCGGCACUGUUGACAAAACUGGAUAAAUCUACUACCACUUGAUAAUACAUAUAACAGUACACUAAAGAAAGUGUAAGUUUGCUGUGUGACCGGCGGCUGCUAGUUUUGAAUAACUGAAUGUCCCCGUUAGUUAGCACAAUUCAUCAAAACAAUAGCAAAAUAAUUACUACGAUAAAGUGAGUGCUAUAUAAAGCCUAGAUCGCCCACAAACAUUCAAAUUGAAAUAAUAUGGGCAAGCAAAACAAUGGAUGAAUACUAAAAGUAAUAGAAAAAAUCAAUCAGUUUUUUAACUCAUAGAAUCCUUCUAUAAACGACUUGUAACAAAGAAAUAUCAGGUAAUAGCAACAUAUGUACUACGAUUAAUGGAGUUUUAUAUAAAGCUUAAAUAGACUUGAAAUUAAAUGAUAUCUUCCCUAACCAUAAUUUGUAACAAAGUGAUUUCAGGCAUCAGGCUAAUUUCUAAUAAAAUAUGUUAUCUGUAUGAGAUCAGAGGCUUAAAUGCAGUAAAAAAAAUAAGCAAGGAUUGCAAAGAGUACAAAAUGUUAUAAUAUUAUUACCCGAAGUGACAAAUAAGGUCAUCUUUAUUUCAGUUUUUCAGUCAUUCUUUAUUUUGGCAGAGUAACAUGCAAGGAAGUGCUGUGAAUGAACCUAGAAAAAUAAAAAAGUAAACCCAAUUUAUAUCAUUCACAUGGCGAGUUAUGACGAAUCGUUCCCAAAAGCUGUCUACAAAUCGGUAAAAUAAAGACUGAUUUUGACACCUGUCUCAUCUCAGAUGUCUCCAUGUAUGAACUUGAUUUGUCUUUUCAGUUAAAAUAACUCGGUGAAGUCUGUGCUUACAUUAGUUUGGGCGACUUGUGUGUAUGGGUUUCCCCCAUAGGCGUACGGGCAAUUUUUUGCCAGGGGGGCGGUAAUCCAUUUGCCCAAAAAAUUCUUGCAAGUUGCCCAAAUUUUUACAAAAGAGUCGAAAGGAGACUAGGGCCAUACAACAAAAUAGGCCGUACUGGCAUUUGAAAGUGACUCGAUACAGUUUUUCAGAGUCAAUACCUGCCAAGUUUGAGCAUAAACUACGUCGCCACAAACAAGCAUUUGGAAAAAAUUGCCACCACAGUUUUAUUAGAUAAAGAGGGAAAUUUGUCAUGAUCAGGAUUGCAAUGAUAUCGGAGCUGUCAUAGCAACGAAAUGACGCCAUUACCUAUUAUACUUGCAGCAAUAUUCUCACUGGGAACUGUUCUUACAAAAUCGUUCAGGGGAGCUCUUUCCUCCGAUAGUGGCCUCGAUGUUCGUGAAGUUAAACGUAAGAGCGUUAUCGAGAUUUUUGGGAUGAAGUUUUUAUUGUUAGAAAAAGGUAAAACAGGAAAAUCUUGAUGUUUAGACGUAAUCUGAAGAAAACGGAGCGCUUUUGACAUGCAAUUCCACCUCAUAGUAGUUUCAAUCUUUUUAAAAACGUGUAUGAAAGAUCAUGGAGAUAGCUCCUGCCAAUUGCUAUGAGAAAGGAUUUGAUUAGCGUUCGAUCUUGUUAGGGGUUUUGUAAACAUUUCGGUCUACUUAAACAAAUUAGUGAAUAAUUUUUAAACCGCUCGAUAGAUUUUUUUAAAAAAAUUAUGAUUUUUCUCGUAAUUCAAACUGAGAAUUGGUCAACCACUUCACCUUCAGACCCAUUGCUGAUGCGUGUUCUAGGAGCGAAGGUGAUUCUAGAAAGUUAUGCGGAAGUUUAUUCUAAUCAAUUCACGACUGGAAAUAGCCCACUCCAGCUAGUACAGUGAAGUACAGUGCCCAACAACAACAACAAAAAAUCAGCAUAUGAUACCCUUCCCUUAUAACCAGAAACUCAUCACGUGCUAGGCAACCACUGUCUUGUGUAAACGUAACUGAAUUAUUACGCCGACUUCUGGUUAAAAUAGAAAAUAAUUAUUUAUCUCUUCAAAAUAACAAUAAUAAUAAAAAACAUGGAAACGUCUUUAAAAACUGGCUUUGCCCAAAUUUUCUCUUGCUGCCCAAAAAAUCUGAGUUGCCCAAACUUUGGGGGGGGUGCAGCCCCCCUCGACCCCCCGGCCCGUACGCCUAUGAUUUCCCCCGCCUAACAUGCUUCAUCACUAGCAUACAGGCAGAUUUUCGAAAAAGUCCUUCGUCCUAUAAAGCUCGCUCCGCUUGCUCUUUGCUGUAAAAGUGAAACUAGUAAGGUCGACUUGUAGCUAGUCUACCAACAUGCGCACAUGAUGUUAUAAUAAAUGUAUUCGAGACGGAGAAAAGGAAGUUUCAAAAGUUCCCUGCUAGGUUUAACUUUACGAUAACAAGACACGUACCAAUAUUUCGAGGUGUCUCCUGUGUGUACUUUAAAAAAUUCCCUUCUUAAAUGGAAUGAUCGUCGUCCGCUCUUUUCGCAUCCAAAAUUCAUUAAUGGCCACGGUUGUACUUAAUGCCGGAAGUAGAGUCGACCUUGAUUUGGAACAACUCUGCCUGAAACCCGCCUCAAUAUUUCGUCGAAAAUAAUUGAGUCGUUUGUCUACUUCCAUGUAUUUCCCAAUCUGGAAGUCCAUUUACUCUAACCUGCAUUUUAACAACAACAAAGCGAAACUGUUUAGAUCAAUUGAUGAAUACUAUAAGCGUGCUUUAAAAUUAUGUACAUUUAUAGCCAAUCAAAAAGCUUCGAUCUGUUGACGUCAGUCAAUUGGAAACAAGUCACGCUCAUGAAUUAGUCGCACUCAAGCCGGUAUCUACAUAGUCUGCUACACAGCCGUUUUUAGUGUCGUCACGCAACGCUCCUCCCCACUAACGGCUGCUGAAAACCGAACUACAUUCCUUUCCCGUGAUUAGCCAAUUAUAAUUCAGCUCCCAUUUUCUGGAAGGUGUUCACGCCACGUUUGCGGUACUGUGACUCCUCCACUCACAGCUUUGCUUUUAUCGGUGCCCCAUGUGUGAAUGACAGAAUAAUCAAAAUCGUCGCUUGAAAACAAGUGGGGAGGAGCCUUGCGUGACGACUCUAAAAACGGCUGUGUAGCAGACUAGUAUCUACAAUCAUCGUCAAAAUUGUUGGGAAGACUGCUACUUACUUUGGCCUGUUUCUCGGCAUGCUUUCAGGAUCGGAUAUAAACAGAUAUAUACUCCUCCAAAAGUAGAUAACAUCCAUUGGAACAAUAUGUUUCGCGUGUUCUUGCCGAUCUCUUCCUUUCAGUUUUAGUUAUAGAAUUUAGCCAUUUCUUCUUUGGGCAAUUCUUGUAUUUUAGUUCACUCCUGAAAAAACUACAUUAGGGCCACCGCGCCUGGAAACAGGCUUUGAAAGAUUGUGCUAGCAUUAUUUUUUGCAUACUUCGUCACUACGAGCAUGCACUUUUGGCUAGUUUCAUGCAGCCAAUGUUUUUUUGGCUGAGAUCAGUGUUACAUGCAAUUUUAAGAAACAAAGUCAAUCUUUUGUCACCUUAUUCACGGGAUCUAUUGAAGCACUUUCAAUAUACAGAGACCCCAGGUGGCUACAAUUCAUGUUAUUUUUUGGUAUCUUUUCCUUAUAGAGGAAUCAAUGGAGCUGUAAGGUAUCCAGUUGCUUCAGCGAGAGCUCCCACGGAGCAAGGGGUAGGUGACAUUUUUCUUUUUUAGAGACUGGUUUCUAUCAGCAUGUUAUUAGUCUUCGAGACCUACACGAGACUGAUGAGAGAAAGAGUUCUUUCCGGAUCCAGGUUCUGGCAAAGUCUUCAAGUAUUCUCUAAUUUUCUCACAAAAGAAUGGGGAGGGGUCACAAGAGCUGUACCCGGUUAACUGUUCUUAAUUGACGAAUCUGUGUACUCAGGAAACACUACACAAAGAACUGAUCAGGUAGUCCCCCGGGGUUGUACUUUAGGUCGGAACGUUUGCGUGGGAAUGUGCCGCUGAGACCUUAGAGCCCCUAGCCUAUACCAGACCUAGUUCAGCUAACUUUGCUAUCCUAUACUUGACCAAACAUCUCAAAUCCCUUCCUAUCCUAUAGUCGCUUUUUUCCAGAAACUACUGAGGUCAUCGCUAUCUUUGCUAAUAAACUGAGUUGCGGGUAAAUUUAAAUUUUCCGAUUUCAUUUUCUAGUGUCAGUCCCCGUUUUUCCCAGUCCUCGACCAAUUGACCAGUUUUUCCUUGGAAAUGAUACACCCUAUUCUAGAUCCAAACCAGGGGCGCAGCGUCUAUAUACGCACAUACACGCGUGAGAACACCUGCACUGAUCUGUAUAAUAUCAGUACUUUUUCCCUGAUUUCCAGGAAGUAUUUUAAUCAUUAAAUCGGGAUAACUGAUAAAUCUUUCGCAUUAUAAUGGUGUCUUUACCCAUCUUAAGGGUGGACAUCUCGCCCUUUGCUUGUAGCCUCCUUGAUGACGUCACCGUUUUCCCUUUUUUCCGUUAACAUUGCACCCUACCGAUAACACUAGAGAUGUAAAUUACACAACUAAACAUUGCAUUUUCCUCCGUAUUUAUUUCCUGAAAAUGUCUUGCCGAAUACGUAGGAAAUGGCAUUUCUGAGCCCUAAAUUUGAAAAAAUUUCCGCUGGAGCAUGUCCCCAGACCUCCCUAGUUUGCAGUACCGUCGAAGACCCAACCUUUCUUUCCUUACGCUACGCCCCUGCAAACUCUCUGAUUUCUGCACCUUAUCCCAGACCAAACUGCUUGAAAACCAUACCCUUCACAGCGGCACAUACCUAUGAGCCCAUAUAUGUAGUACCCCCUGUCUAUGUCCUUCUAAGAAAAAAAGAAUCUUUAUCAUUUCUUUUACUUACUAUAGGCGAUCGUUUGUCAACCCAGUGAGGAAGUUGAUCAUCCCAUUCAUGUAAGAGAACAUAGAGAAGAACAAAAUCCUCAACAGCCUGGUGCCAUACGAGGGACUCAGAAUGGGCUGAUGGGUCCCCAAGAUAUAGCAUCUUUGGUAGCUGUGGUAUCAAGAUACCCUGAUCUCCUGGUGGAGCUACCUGUGAAGGUUAUCCAGUUGCAUUCAGGGAGUAACCAGGCGAUGCAGUAUAACGCUUGUGACAUGCAACCACAUCGUGAGCUGGACAGAGGAAGACUGCAGGUAAACGAGAGGGUAAGACCACAAGCACGUCAGAAUGGAACUAGGUACUCUGUCGAGGAGACCAACCAGUUUCACGUGCAGGCCCAAGAAGAUGAACGCAUUGGUGCAAUUUCUCUUCCUCUGCAAAUAAUAAUUAACAGGUUAGUACGCUUAUGGUGCAUACGGCGCAGCUGAGGGUCCGUACCUGGUAAUCUGGUGAACCUGCAGAGCUCGCAAAUUUGCUUUUUGCAGUUCAAUUUCUUUUGAUAGUAUACUGAUGUCUGAUUAGUUCACGCGUUAGAACCCCUUUUUUAUCUUUUGGUUCAUCAUCUCAAACGGUCCAGCGGUCCGUUCCUCUCCAAAGAUCCGACAUUUAUUGACCGGCUCAGAAACUUGUCGUUUUUUGCAUUCGGGAAAGAGGCUUUAGUUUUGCAGAUAACAUAAUAAAAGUAUAAGUACACAAAACAAAAUGGAAUGGUUUGUUAACUAGGACCCUGGAUCUUAAUCGUUCUUCAGAUUUUGAUUUGAGUAUUUGAAUUCCGGGGGAGGUGGGUAUUCCCCAUACCGGCCUAUACGGACAGGCUCCGCCCGAGAUGGGUACCUUUUUCAGGCUUCAGAUAUAUGAAAGGAUAAUAGACUAUAAGGAUUUCACUAGCUGAAGUAUAUGAAAGGGUAGGGAAAUCUUAGCCUAGUCUCUAGUCGUUCUCUCUUGAUCCGUUGUCCGCGCGAAGUCUGGGAGAGAGCGGGCGGUGACGUCACAGCUCAUGGUAGAGUCCAGGAAUGACCGAGCCGAAAACGCCUGGGGACUAGGCUGGGGAAAUUUGUCAUUUGGAUCUGUGAAAGGGUCCAAAGGGCUAACAGAUGAAUUUUAUGGCUUUAUAAAGUCGAGAAAACGUUUUAUUUUUGUGACAAAGACAAAGCAUUUACAGCAGUUAAAAGGGAUGAAAAGCUCUAAAGAAGGUAUGUGAAAGGGGUACCAUUUGUCAGUAGAAGGUAUACGAAAGGGAUACUUUUUUCGUGAAAAAUGGUAUAUAAAAGGGUAAGGAGUUGGACCUCGGGGCGGAGCCUCCCCGUGUAAAAAUUUGUUAAGUACCUCCUUCCGGAAUUUGAAUUCGGGGCUUUCGAGAAACCAGAAGUUCCCUAGCGGCGGGGAUUGAGGAGAGACUAUAUUUGCUGCUGUAACUUCGAUAAUCCUCUCAGUUACUUCUAAUUCUUUGUCCUGCGAGUUUUAAUGUAUGUUUUUUUUACAUAUUCAUUAUUUUAUCUUCAUAUUACAUGGGUUUACAACAAACCAACUAAAUAAUUUGUUAGCUCAAUUUGUUAGACUGCGCUCUACCGAUAUCUCAGAGGUUCAAGCCUGAAUUUGUCAGGCUUUCUUUCCCCAACUGCGUUGUAAAAGUUGCUUCCUAGUAAAAUGAUUUUCUUUACAUUUAAUUCUCUAUUCCGCAACAGUUCUAAUAUAUGUUCAUACGUUCAUUAUUUGAUUUGUUAGCCACUGUUUAAAAUUCUUUUUUUCUUUUUGGCAGAUUUUAAAAAUUGCUCAUGAAAACCACACUCAACAUUUUACAGAAAAUAAUUAUAACAUUUAUAAUGAUAAGAUGAUUUUCAUUUCCAUAGGUUAAGUCCUCCAGAGCCAAAGUCAUCCAUUGGUCAGAACUGUGGCGGAAAAUAUAUUUGGAAGAUAGAGCAUUUCUCUCAGCACCUCCAGGAUGCUCUCAAUGGAAUAAUAGCAUCACUUGAGAGCCCUCCAAUUUACACAGGCCUACAAGAAUACAAGUUCUUCAUGCGCAUUUUCCUAAAAGGCGUUAAUGGUGGAGAUGGAAGACACAUUGGCCUUUUUGUUGGCAUGAUGAAGGGAGAAUACGAUACUGUUCUGGAAUGGCCCUUCUGUGGACGAAUCUCCCUCACCAUCAAGGAUCAAAGCACUGAUGUUCAUGGCUUCCGCAACGAUAUCAGCGGCACUUUCAUGGCCAAUAGAAAUCUGGGAGCUUUUCAGAAACCUGCUGCUGCCGACAGCGGAUACACCACACUGUAUGGCUACGCAGAGUUUGCGCCCGUCGCCACGGUUUGUACCCCAAAGUACUCUAAAGAUGACACAGUGAUGGUCAAGAUUGAGAUCCAUAAAAACAUCUAA